GGAAAAGGCAAUGGACCGUUUUUGCUUCUUGUUUUUGGUCUUAUACUCGGUCCGAGCCAUCGACCCCCAACAAGUCGAGCAUUCUUUUCAGGAAAGCGGAUCCGCCCAGCAAGUGGACAGGCUUCAGCAAAUUGCUAUGAAGUUUGAAAAUCUGGUGGCCAAGGUGGCGGAGUAGGAGAAGGAAAUUUCAACGCAGCUUUCCUCAAUGCUAACGUUGAUCGACUUUGCUUGGAAAAGACAAGACAAUUUGGAGAAGAAAUUUGACGAUUCAUUUGGCGAACCAAAUUCAGAUUGCAAAUCAUUGCUGCAGCAAAUUUCGGUUUUGAGCAAACAGGCCGACGCAUCGCGGAAGCAAUUUGACGAGAUGGUCAAAAUUAAGGAGUUGAAGGAGCAGGAAAUUUUGGCUUUGGAACGUGAAAAAACUGAUUUGCAAUGUCAGUUGUCAACAAAAGAAAAGGAAAUGAAAACGCAACAGCAGCUUAUUUCGAAUUUGACCAGCGAAAAAUUGCAGUUGGCAAAAGAGCUUGAAAAUUCAACAUAUAUGGUCAAAAUUAAAGACGAAAAAAUCAAGUUGAACGAAAAGGAAAUUGCUACAUUGAAACAAGAAAAAAUUACAGCCGAAAACGCUGACGAACGCUACCAGGUGUUGCAAAAACAGUUGUCACAAAGAGAAGCAGAAAUCAAAACCCAGCAGCAACAGGUUUCAAUUUUGGAAAGUGAAAAAUCCGAGUUGGAGAAAGAAAAUGCUAAAACAAAGGCAAUCCACACGUCUUGCGCUCUUGCCCAUUCGGAAAAAUUGAGGUUGCUCUCCAACGGUAAGAAAUACUUUUUUCCUGAGCGGCCUUCUUACCAAAAUGAAAUAACUUGGUAUUCUGCAAACGAGACUUGCACCAAGAAAGGUCUCCAAUUGGCCACAUUUAAAGAUUUAAGUGAGGCAGAGGUGGUCGCGUCAGAAGGACACAAAAUCAAUGCUGGUCAAGUUUGGUGGGUUUCGGCAAAAAACCAGGGAAGCAAAAGUGAAAAGGACUUCCGGUGGCGCGACGGGACCAAGUUGGAUUUGCACAGUCCGAUGUGGACGGAAUAUGCGCACCAGAAACACAAUUGCAUUUUUACCUUUAAUUGGCCAAAGGGAAAAUUGAACAGCCAUGAUUGCGGCUUUCAUUUCAAUUUCAUUUGCGAACUGCCAAACAAAUGUUACUGAACUUAUUUUGAAUCAAACUAUUGUCACAGCAAGUUUCAUUGACUUUGUGAAAAAUUAAUGAGGAACUUAUUACACUACUGAGAAUAAAUUUUACUAAACCGUUGUUUGAUCAAUGUUGAUUUUGAUUGCU